UUUACUCUGAUAGAGAAUAAUGGGACCCUACUUAUCAACCCCUGAUAAAACUAAGCGUAGUGAAGAUGGCGUUGCUUCUAAACUCAGAUAUGGAGCCACUGGAAUGCAAGGAUGGAGAAACACCAUGGAAGACUCUCAUAUUGCUCAUAUUAUGGAUGAAACUCCUGGCAAAGAGCUUUCUAUGUUUGGAGUCUUCGAUGGCCACGGAGGAAACCAGGUCGCAGAAUGGAUAAGAGACAACUUCGCUAAAGAGAUGUUCAAGUUCGAUAGCUAUUCGAAAGGAGACUAUAAGACAGCCUUGAGGGAGACCUUCAUUAGAAUGGACGAGCUUUUAAAAACAUCUACUGUGAAGAAGGAACUAGAGAAAUACACUGUUGGCUCAGGUGAAGACGGAGGUAUGGGAGCCAUGGGAGCUAUGGCUAUGGUGCAAGAUCAGGAUAUUGCUAAGUCUGUAGGAUGCACUGCCUGCGUCUGUAUUAUUACCAGCAAAGAGGUCAUCUGUGCUAACUCAGGAGAUUCAAGAGCUGUUUUGUGCAAGAAAGGUGUAGCACAUCCUCUGAGUGAAGACCAUAAGCCAGAGAAUACUGAAGAGAAGGAGAGAAUCGUUAAGGCCGGAGGAUUUGUCGAGGAGAACAGAGUCAAGGGAAUGUUGAAUCUUUCAAGAGCCCUUGGAGAUCUUGAGUACAAACUUGACCCAGACCUUUCUGUUGAAGACCAGAUGAUCACCUGUGUUCCAGAUAUCAGAUCAGAGAAGAUAGAUAAGAACACUGAAUUCCUCAUCAUUGCUUGUGAUGGAAUCUGGGAUUGUCUCACAAACCAAGAAGCUUGUGACUACAUCCAUGAACAAUCAAAAAUCUUGAAAAAGAAGACUGGAAGCAUGUUCAAAUGCUCUUUCUUGAACGAAAGAAUGUUUGACAAAAUCAUCGCCGAAGAUAUUGCUGCUUCUGGAGGUUUAGGAUGCGAUAACAUGACCUCUGUUAUCAUCAGCAUCAACGAUAAAAUCUAAUUUUCACAAUUAAAUUCUGAAUGCAAGAUA